CAUGAAGUUUGACAGGAAGUUUUCGUGGAAUAAAAUUGUGUGUUAUUUUGCAGCGAAAUAUUUUUUGUAUUUAUAAAUAUUACACAAAAUGGAAGUAUUCAAAAUUAAUUGUGAAUGAUGAAAGAAAGUUGGUUUAAUGUCUGUACUACUGGAAAUAAUUAAUUCGAUCUUUUCUAAGUGAAUUAUGCUUGGAAUAAGAUGUCAGAAAUGUGUUGGAAGUUUUACAAAGUGUUCCUUUUAGCAGUUUUUGCAUGUUUUUUCUUACUUGGAAAGAGUUGCAUAGAUGCACAGGCUGUUAAGUCAUCAACAGCUGAUAAAACACCAACAGAACAAGAAAGAAUUCCUUUGCCAGAUGAAAAUUGCCCAAAAGAAGACAUACCAUGUCAAGAAGACAUUGUAUCAUUAGACGCCAUAAAAACACUUCAUAAACAGAUUGAUGAUGAUGAAAGUGGAAAUAUCGAUAAAAAUGAAAGCAAAGAGUUUUUCCGAGAUGAAUUACAGAACACAGAUGGUUUUGAAAGACAGUCUAUAUUCCACGGUCACGAUGAUAAAAUUAGCGUUGCAGAUCUCUGGAAUGCAUGGAAACGAUCAACUGUGUAUAACUGGACUGUAGAUGAUGUUGUAGAAUGGUUGAUAUGGUCAGUAGACCUGCCGCAGUAUGGUCAGUUGUUGAAGGAUAAACACAUCAAUGGAUCAUACUUGCCAAGGGUUGCUGUAAACAGUCAUCAUUUUAUCAGCAAAGAACUUGGUAUCAAGAACCCUGUACACAAGCAUAAACUCUCCAUUAAAGCCAUGGAUGUUGUUUUGUUCGGCCCAACUAAACGAGCACAUAAUGUAUUGAAAGAUAUUAUCCUAGUUACAUCAAUAAUUGUUGCUCUUGGUGGAUGUGUGUUUGCAUACAGACAGAAUAAAACAUCGAAAGAACAAUUGAAGAAAAUGAUGGUGGAUUUAGACCAGCUACAGAAAGCUGAGGAAUCUGUACUGUCAAUGAGUGAAAAAUUACAGAAGGCAGAGGAAGUUCAGAACGAGGUUGUUAAAGAGAAAACUGCAAUAGAAAGAAAAUAUAAAGAGGAAAUAGAAACUGCAAAGGAAGUUGCAGAGCGGUUAAAGCAGGAAAGACAAGACAGUAACCUGGAGGAGUUGUCACGGUUACAGUUAGCCGAGGAAGAACUCAUUCAGGUGAGACAGGCAUUAAGACAAGCUGAGUCGGAGUUAGAAUCAAGAUUGAGUUACGGGGCACCAGCUGAACUCCAGCAAUGGUUACAAUUUACGUUUGAAUUAGAAAAUCAGCAUUUCACAGCGAAGCAACAAGCAGCGCAGAGACAGUUUGGAUCUGCAAAAGAUGCUUGUGAAAAAAUUCGUAAGAAGCGUACAGGUGUGUUAGGGACGUGGAGAAUAGCUCAGGGAAGUUCUAUAGAUGAUAUUGAUCAGAGGAUCGUACAAGCAAGAAUGGCGCUAGAAGAAAUUAAACAUGAUAUGCAGGAACGACAACAGAGAUGGCAGAGUAUAGAAAGCUACUGUGGUUUUCCAAUAAGAACAAAUCCUGGCAUGGCAAAAUUAGAACAUGCUUUAUAUGGGGAUGGAGGCUCCUCACGUCUUGCCAGUCUUGUAGCGCCAAUGAAUGUAGAGGAUGCAGACGAAGAUUUCCCGCCACAUUUUCCCACUGCCACAGCGAUGUUAUUUACCCAGAAGCCCAAUGGUUGUGUUCGUUCCCCGACAUAUUCAGAUUUAGCAACACUGAAAAGGAAAAUGAGUCUUCGAGGUCUGGGCAGCAAUAUGACAGAAUUGAAGCGUCGUCAGGUCACAAUGGGCAGCAACAGUUCGCUAACAAAGUCAACGUCCUUCAGCGCGUCUGCUAAAAGAGAUUCUUUAGAUUCGCCGCCCGUCAUAAAAUCUGCAGUCGCCAGCUCAAAUGUUAAUGGAAACCAUUCCCCUUCUGUAGCAUUCCAUUUAGGAAGUCAAAGCCCUGGGACUUCACCAGACACACCCGACAGUGUAUUUUUAGGUCGUUUAUCUCCUGUUAGUGAUGAAGCGCGAUUUCCACGUUCCAAAUCUAUGUGUGGAAUGGGCCCUGUUCAAAAUGGGUCAAGAAUCCCUAGAUUUGACGCUGCAAAAACGCCUGUGAAAAAUGACGUAAAUUUAUCGCGAAGUGAUUCCGAGAAUAAUCUUCAGAAAAGGAUUUUACAGAAGCAAGUUGGAACUGUAGGUGGUGUUGGUAGUUCAAGUCAAGAUGAUGAUAGCCUUUCUGGAACCGAGUCUUUAGAUAGUGAAGGAAAAAGUAAAAAGGAAAAGAAAAAGCUCAAAUUGAUCCCUAAAUUUAUGCGGAAAACUGAUGUUUGAGACUUUGACGUUAAAAUUGAGAUACUUGAAAGAAAAUCUUGACAACACAUGUUUAUUCAAAAGGCCAGGUCAUGUUAUGAUGAUCAUGUGAUGUGAUAAUUUGCAUAUUAUGUUACUAAUUUGCAUAAAAAACUAAUUUGUACAUAGCUAUUUUUCUUAUGUAUAUGUGUAAAUUUAAUUAUAUAGUACAUUUUUGAUAUUUCCUUUCGCAUUUAAAGUAUUGUGUUUAGAAAUUCAAUUAAUUUUGAUUGUUGUGAGAAUAAUUAUUACACAAUGUAUAUGUUUUCCAAUUUAUGAAAUUAUUUGAGAAGUGAUUGGACUAUUCAGUUAAUAUUUAUUCUGUAACUUACUAAGUUUCUUUUUUUUUUUUUUAAUUUAUAUUAAUGUGAAUGGAGAACAUAAUGAAAAUCUGUCAUAAGGGUGGGCCUCCAGAGUUAUGUGAUUUGUAUUGAAAUUAAGAAUGUGCUUUCAUUGCUUUCUAAAGGUAAAAAAAGUAAAAUCAAAGUCAUUCAGAGAAUGAUAGGCAGUACUAAUUAGAGAAUAAAAGUUUUGUAGACUACAGGUAUUAAAUACAUGUAUGUAGAAAAGGUAUGAUGUAAGACACAAAUCUGUUGUUUUUAGAAAAAAGGAAAUUUAGCUGUAGUUUAUAUAGCUUACUCAUAAAAUGUCAACUUAAAUGAAAUUCAGCGCCAGUCUGAGAAUGCUGUCUAUCGAUUGGUUAAUUUAAAAUUUGCAGUCAGAAUUAACCAAUCAGCUUCUCAAAUUCUGAUACUGGUCUGCACAAUUUUCUUUUGAACCUUUGACUCUUUAUGUUCAGUGAGCACUUUGGCAGAUUUCCAAUAUUUCUCAGUCUAAGGUAGCAUUAGAUAAUGUUAUAUAUUAUUUGACUUUAUUGUGUUCAAACAACAUCUUAUGCAAUAUUUACCAGUUUCACACACAUAUCAGCCCCCAUAGGUUCAAAACCCAUAGAUAGGUAGUUACUACAGUAAAACACUUGUUCACAUGAGCAUUGAUGGCUCAAGUACCUGGGCUGACUCCAGCAAUUCAUGUAGUUCUAGGUUGUUUUCCAUAUAUUUUCUAGGUUCAGAUCACUUGAAAUUCUGGAUAACUUGAGCAUAUUGUUCUUUUCCUUACGAACUCGAGUUAUGCUAAUAGAAGAGAAUGUAAGACUUGGUAUACCGGUAGUUGCAUGCAGUGUCAGUGUGAUGAUCCUUUGAUGAGUUCUGAAGCAAUAUUGCAGAAUUAUUAUGCAUAUGACUCCUUUUGAAAAAUUACCGAAAUAAUUUGUAUGAAUAUUUCUUUCAUUUUACCUCAGAGCUUCAACAUUUCCUUAUUAGCUCACCUGUCACAAAGUGACAAGGUGAGCUUUUGUGAUUGCGUGUUGUCCGUCCGUAAACUUUUGCUUGUGACCACUCUAGAGGUCACAUUUUUCAUGGGAUCUUUAUGAAAGUUGGUCAGAAUGUUCACCUUGAUGAUAUCUAGGUCAAGUUCGAAACUGGGUCAGGUGCUGAUAAAAACUAGGUCAGUAGGUCUAAAAAUAGAAAAGCCUUGUGACCUCUCUAGAGGCCAUAUAUUUCACAAGAUCUUCAUGAAAAUUGGUCAGAAUGUUCACCUUGAUGAUAUCUAGGUCAAGUUCGAAACUGGGUCACGUGCCAUCAAAAACUAGGUCAGUAGGUCUAAAAAUAGAAAAACCUUUUGACCUCUCUAGAGGCCAUAUAUUUCACAAGAUCUUCAUGAAAAUUGGUCAGAACGUUCACCUUGAUGAUAUCUAGGUCAAGUUCGAAACUGGUUCACGUGCCUUCAAAAAGUAGGUCAGUAGGUCAAAUAAUAGAAAAACCUUGUGACCUCUCUAAAGGCCAUAUUUUUCAUGGGAUCUGUAUGAAAGUUGGUCUGAAUGUUCAUCUUGAUGAUAUCUAGGUCAAGUUCGAAAGUGGGUCACUUGCGGACAAAAACUAGGUCAGUAGGUCUAAAAAUAGAAAAACCUUGUGACCUCUCUAGAGGCCAUAUAUUUCAUGAGAUCUUCAUGAAAAUUGGUCAGAAUGUUCAUCUUGAUGAUAUCUAGAUCAAGUUCAAAAGUGGGUCACGUGCUGUCAAAAACUAGGUCAGUAGGUCAAAUAAUAGAAAAACCUUGUGACCUCUCUAGAGGCCAUAUUUUUCAUGGGAUCUGUAUGAAAGUUGGUCUGAAUGUUCAUCUUGAUGAUAUCUAGAUCAAGUUCGAAACUGGGUCACGUGCGGUCAAAAACUAGGUCAGUAGGUCUAAAAAUAGAAAAACCUUGUGACCUCUCUAGAGGCCAUAUAUUUCAUGAGAUCUUCAUGAAAAUUGGUCAGAGUGUUCAUCUUGAUGAUAUCUAGAUCAAGUUCGAAACUGGGUCACGUGCUGUCAAAAACUAGGUCAGUAGGUCAAAUAAUAGAAAAACCUUGUGACCUCUCUAGAGGCCAUAUUUUUCAUGGGAUCUGUAUGAAAGUUGGUCUGAAUGUUCUUCUUGAUAAUAUCUAGGUCAAGUUCGAAAGUGGGUCACAUGCUUUUAAAAACUAGGUCAGUAGGUCAAAUAAUAGAAAAACCUUGUGACCUCUCUAAAGGCCAUAUUUUUCAUGGGAUCUGUAUGAAAGUUGGUCUGAAUGUUCAUUUUGAUGAUAUCAAGGUCAAGUUCGAAACAGGGUCAUGUGCGGUCAAAAACUAGGUCAGUAGGUCUAAAAAUAGAAAAACCUUGUGACCUCUCUAGAGGCCAUACUUGUGAAUGGAUCUCCAUAAAAAUUGGUCCGAAUGUUCAUCUUGAUGAUAUCUAGGUCAGGUUCGAAAGUUGGUCACGUGCAGUCUAAAAGUAGGUCAGUAAGUCAAAUAAUGAAAGAACGUUGUGACCUCUCUAGAGGCCAUAUUUUUCAUGGGAUCUGUAUGAAAGUUGGUCUGAAUGUUUAUCUUGAUGAUAUAUAGGUCAGGUUUGAAACUGGGUCAAGUGUGAUCAAAAACUAGGUCAGUAGGUCUUGAAAUAGGAAAACCUUGUGACCUCUCUAGAGGCCAUACCCUUGAAUGGAUCUUCAUGAAAAUUGGUCAGAAUGUUCACCUUGAUGAUACUAGGUCAAGUUUGAAACUGGGUCACGUGCCUUAAAAAACUAGGUCAGUAGGUCAAAUAAUAGAAAAACCUUGUGACCUCUCUAGAGGCCAUACUUUUCAUGGGAUCUGUAUGAAAGUUGGUCUGAAAGUUCAUCUUGAUGAUAUCUAGGUCAAGUUUGAAACUGGGUAAACUGCGGUCAAAAACUAGGUCAGUAGGUCUAAAAUUAGAAAAAUCUUUUGACCUCUCUAGAGACCAUAUUUUUCAAUUGAUCUUCAUGAAAAUUGAUCUGAAUGUUCACCUUGAUGAUAUCUAGGUCAGUUUUGAAUCUGGGUCACGUGCAGUCAAAAACUAGGCCAGUAGGUAUAAAAAUAGAAAAACCUUGUGACCUCUCUAGAGGCCAUAUUUUUCAUGAGAUCUUCAUGAAAAUUAGUGAGAAUGUUCACCUUGAUGAUAUCUAGAUAAAGUUCAAAACAGGGUCACGUACCUUUGAAAACUAGGUCAAUAGGUGAAAUAAUAGAAAAACCUUGUGACCUCUCUAGAGACCAUAUUUUUCAAUGGAUCUUCAUGAAAAUUGGUCAGAAUUUUUAUCUUGAUAAUAUCUAGGUCAAGUUCAAAACUGGAUCACAUGAGCUCAAAAACUAGGUCACUAUGUCAAAUAAUAGAAAAAACGACGUCAUACUCAAAACUGGGUCAUGUGGGAAGAGGUGAGCGAUUCAGGACCAUCAUGGUCCUCUUGUUUAUAAACGUUUUUAUUUUUCUACUACCUACAUUCCAUUGUAGAUGCUUAUUCUAUUUAAGGGUUCAUAAUGAAAGUCGGUUAAAAGGAUAGAAUAAUAUUACUUGAUACUCGAGUCGUGUAACAAAUUUGAAGGAAGUGUUAUAUUGUGACUUAGGCUUAAUUUUGAUUGAAUGGUGUGUGAGUUUGCAUAUGGAAGAUGCAUGCUCACCUAUAUAUAAAUGGUGAACUCUUAAAACUUAUUUUUAAUAAAAAAAAAAGUUAAGGAAGAUUGUGAUUAUUUCAUUAAUGGCUUUUGUACCUAAAGACAUUAAUAUGCAGUUAGUGUCCACAGACAGUGCAUAAUGGUACUUUGAAGUUGAUAGUGACUGGUGUUUAUCUUCACUAAAUUAAUUAUUUUAACAAAUUUUAAAUGAUCAAUGGAAAAAAGCAGGGCCAUUACCAGUCAUGAUAUUUCCAUACUGAUCCAGGAUUGAAGAUUGUAAAACUGAGCUUUUGAGACCAGUCGGAGAAUGCAGCCUUGCCAUUGGUUGAUUUCAAAUUUGUGUACAAAAGCAACCAAUCAAAUGCUGAAGUUUUGAGAGUGGUUUUCACCUUUGGCCCAGGGAUUUUACAAAAAUGAAUUACAGGUCAUAUGGUGUGGCCAAAUACUUUGUUGUUACUGAAUUUAGGUAAAAUACAUAAAAAUUACAAGGUUUAUUUGGUAGCAUGCAUGUUCUCUCAUGACAUUAUUGUACAUCGAAAUACGAAAAAACAAAAUGCUCCUUUAUGUGUAAUAUACCUAAUACUUAUUUUUGUAUAGAAGCAAAAAGAAAUGAGCCGUGCCAUGAGAAAACCAACAUAGUGGGUUUGCGACCAGCAUGGAUCCAGACCAGCCUGCGCAUUUGCGCAGUCUGGUCAGGAUCCAUGUUGUUCGCUAACAGUUUCUCCAAUUCCAAUAGGCUUUAAAAGCGAACAGCAUGGAUCCUGACCAGACUGCGCGGAUGCGCAGGCUGGUCUGGAUCCAUGCUGGUCGCAAACCUCUCAUGGCACGGCUCAAAUGUAGAUACAGUUUAUGUUUUGCAAGUUGUAUGUAAUUCCUGAGCUUGUUGUUAAGUUUAAGACCCGACAGUGUUGGAAAAAAGCAUACUUGUUUGUGACCUUCUGUAUUGUUUUUAUUUGUACAGGUUAAAAACCUAAUUUGUUCGAAAUUGCUUCAGACUGGUUGCACACAUUUGUUUCAUCAUAGAAUCAUAGAGAAUUGUAUAGUUACUUUUUCUCAAAUUGGUUAAGGGCAUGUUUAAUUUUUUUAAGCAUUCUUAUUUAUAAAUAAAAAAUGAAAAACAUUUCUGUUAAACAUGUGAGGUGGUCUGAAUGUCUUUUUAUUUUAGGAUUAUUGGAUAAGAUUUUUUUUAUGCAUUAUUUGUUUCCUUUAUCAAACACUCCAUACAUGUGCAAGUAUUGUUGUUGAUGUAUACUUAUAUAUAUAUCUCUGAUCUCUGUUUCUGCAUUGAUUGAAAUAAAGGUGGUCGUUCACUCUGUAAAUUGUU